AUUUCGAAUCGAACCAGCUGGUAAAUCCUGGGCCGAUAUUGUCGAAGAAGAAGAAGAAUACAAUCGACUUCACUCUGACGACGACAAUGACCAUGAACAACAACCACAACAAGAACAAUCGCCAUCCAAUCUUUUCAUGCCAAAAGAAAAAGAGGAGAAGGAGGCUGUCAGUAAGGAGUCUAAACAAACCAGGGUGGAAAGUAAGGAGCUUGCUUCAUCCGGGGAAAUACUUUCCAAUGAGCAACCACUUGCAGAUAUCGCGAAUCCUGUGGAAUCAGAAAAGGACGAUGUAUCUUUAGAAGAAUCUAUCAAUGAAGAAGGAUUUGUCAAGGUAGAGACACCUUUGGAGGAUUUUGUCAAGGUGGAAAAGCCCAAGGAAAACGUGGAAAUGGAAACACCUGAUGUACAAGAAGCGUCAAAGACAACGGAAGAAACACCUGAUCUUGCAAUUAAAGUUGAACACACGACCGAGCUCGUGCAAACAAAAGACCCUGUCACAAUUGCGGUCGAUUCUCGUAACCCCCAAGAACAUGUGAAGACUGAGGAUCAGCAUCAAUCCGUGGAUCCUAGCAUCUCGUCUGAACACCCUGUCAACGAUGAUCUACUUACAAAGGAACCUACGAAAGAAGAAGAGUCGUUGGCAGUGGAAGAGUCUGUUGAUGUUGAAGAGCCUGUCAAGGAAGAUAAACCCGCAAAGGAAGAUGAACCCGCAAAGGAAGAUGAACCUACUAAAGAAGAUGAAACUACUAAGGAAGACGAAUCAUUAAAUAUUGAAGAACCUGUUAAGGUUGAGGAGCCAGCAAAGGUUGAAGAGGCUGUAAAGGAGGAUGAGUUAGUCGCUGAGGAUAAAUCAUCGGAGGCUGAAGAAACCGCAACGGGGGAUGUGCCUACAAAGGAAGAGGAGCCUUUGAAGGAAUCAGCAGAAGUACAAGAGCUGGGGUCUGUACGAGUAGAGAAGUCUGUGAAGAACGAAGAGACUGAUGCUGAAGAUGCUAAGGCUGAAGAUACUAAGGUUGAAGAAGCCAAAAUUGAAGAGGCCAAGGAUGAAGAGACUAAGAUGAAAGAUUCAAGCAAGAUUGCAGAGCCAAUUAAGAUUGAAGAGCCGACUAAGACUGAAGAGUCAAUUAAGACUGAAGAGUCAAUUAAGACUGAAGAGUCAAUUGAGACUAAGACUGUUACAGGAAAACCUGAAAAGGAGGAGAAAGUCGAAGAACCCGAACCGAAGGCUGAAGAUCCCGAGAAAAAGGCUGAAGAUCCCGAGAAAAAGGUUGAUGAUCCCGAGAAAAAGGUUGAUGAACCCGAGCAAAAGAUUGAAGAGCCUGAGAAAAAGAUGGAUGAACCCGAAAAGGUUGAAGGGCUGAGAAGAAGGUUGAUGAGCCCGAGAAGGAGGUCGAAGAAGCUGAAAAGAAGGUUGAAAAGGCUGAUCAAAAGUCUGUCGAACCCGAAAAAAAAGCGGAAGAGGAAAAGGUUGAAGAAAAACCUGUGGUAAGAGGAUCAAGUGCCAGUCGAUGGGCUAAAGCAGAACCUACAACAGAAGAAAAGCCAGUUGUAAAGGGAGCCAGUGCCAGUCGAUGGGC